AUGCAAAAUUCUUGGUUCAUUGAAGAAGUUCUCACCAUUCACAACUUUGCAUCGUCCUUAAGGUUUAUCGCUUUCUUUUCAGUUGUUUUACUGAUAGGCAAAAUCAUAAUGAAGAUAACUAAUCAGUUUUGGGGAAUAUUUAAGCUCUUGUCACAUCGUCCUAUCAAAAAAGAGAAAAAGAAAACCCAGACCCAAGCAGUUUUAAUUCAAUCAUCAGAAACUCAACACAUUUCAUUCGACCGCAGCAUUCUGAAGCGAUUGAGGAAAGCUUCCAAGCAACUUGUCAAGCAAUUUCCAAAAAAAACACACAAAUUGGUUGAAAGUAUGUUAAGAAAAGCAAAAUGUUUACCGUCGGAGUAUCAUCGCACCUUCUUCAACCUGCUGCCUCAUACCAUAGCAGAAUUAAAUUAG